AUGUCAAAUAGAUCCUUUAAAGACAAGGAAAAACCAGUUGAAGUUCGACUCAGCAACAUCAUCGCCGCUAAAGCGGUUGGUGAUGCUAUACGGACCUCUCUUGGUCCUAAAGGCAUGGAUAAAAUGAUUCAAACUGGAAAUGGUGAAGUCGUUAUCACUAAUGAUGGAGCCACCAUUUUGAAACAUAUGUCUGUUUUACAUCCUGCAGCUAAAAUGCUUGUUGAUUUAUCUGCUGCUCAAGAUGUUGAGGCAGGAGAUGGUACGACGUCUGUUGUAGUAAUUGCAGGCGCACUUUUGGGAGCCGCGGAGAAAUUGCUUGGCAAAGGAAUACAUCCUACAACAAUUGCCGAGUCUUUUCAACGCGCUGCCAACAAAUCCACCGAAUUUCUUACAGAAAUGGCCACUCAAAUUGAUUUAUCGGAUAAGAAAUCCUUGUUAAAUGCUGCCAGUACCUCAUUAAAUUCAAAGAUCGUUUCACAAUAUUCCGGCCUUCUUGCCCCUAUCGCCGUUGAUGCUGUAUUGCGUGUAAUUGAUCCAGCAACAGCUACGAAUGUGGACUUGAAGGAUAUUCGUAUUGUUAAAAAAGUUGGUGGUACAAUUGAUGAUACUGAAUUGGUAGAUGGAUUAGUACUUGCACAAAAUGUGGUUAAAACUUCCGGGGGGCCAACUCGCAUUGAGAAAGCUAAGAUAGGCUUGAUUCAAUUUCAAUUAUCUCCUCCAAAGCCUGAUAUGGAGAACCAAAUUAUUGUUAACGAUUAUAGGCUUAUGGAUAAAAUUCUGAAAGAAGAACGACAAUAUCUUCUUAAUAUGUGCAAAAAGAUAAAAAAGGCUGGAUGCAACGUUCUUCUCAUUCAGAAAUCAAUUCUUCGAGAUGCCGUUAAUGACUUAUCUUUACAUUUCUUGUCAAAACUAAAGAUUCUAGCGGUUAAAGAUAUUGAAAGGGACGAGAUUGAAUUUAUAUGCAAGAGUACUGGUUGUAAACCAAUUGCGGAUAUAGACUCAUUCACCGAGGAUAAACUUGGAUACGCUGAACUCGUUGAUGAGGUUCAAACUUCGGGUGCUCGUGUUGUUAAAGUUACUGGUGUCAAACACAUUGGCAGAACUGUAUCAAUUUUGUGUCGUGGCGCUAAUUCUCUUGUUUUGGAAGAGGCUGAGCGUUCGUUACAUGACGCGCUUUGUGUAGUUCGUUGUCUUGUAAAAAAAAAAGCCCUGAUUGUGGGAGGGGGAGCACCAGAAAUUGAAGUUUCGCAACGAUUAUCAGAACACGCGAAAUCAUUAAAGGGCAUGGAAGCUCAUUGUUUUGAAGCUUUUGCUAAUGCACUUGAAGUUAUUCCAGUCACAUUAGCCGAAAAUGCAGGAUUGAAUCCUAUUAAUAUUGUUACCGAGUUAAGAAAUAAACAUGCUUUGGGAGAAAAAACUGCGGGAAUAAAUGUUAGAAAGGGUACAAUUACCAAUAUGCGCGAAGAACACGUCAUACAACCAUUACUUGUAUCAACUAGUGCAAUCGAAUUAUCUGCAGAAACAGUAAAAAUGUUACUUAAGAUUGAUGAUAUGGUUCAAACCCGAUAA